UAGGACUUCGCUUAGAUAGCAGGAAUGCACUUCGGGCUCGGAGUUUUUCUAGCGCUGUAUCGAACGAGAGCGACAAGUUAAUUUAUUAAAAUUAUCCAGGAGGACAAAAACAGUUAGGAGACAUCUUAAAACAAAUAAGGGAUAUACAUUUAAAUAGCUGGGUUCUAGUUAUUUCGAGUUUUCGUCGAUUAUAAUUUGGUUAAGUAAACAGGCAACAGCAAUAGGUAAAGUUUUUUUUUCUCUCAGUAAUUUAGUUAAUGAAUUAGAGUUUUGUUCAUUUCGGCUGUGUGUUCAUUAUCGUCGGACUACCAGUGAAGCGAAAUACUUUCUACAUUUGCUGAUAUUUCUUUGUGUAGCGUAGUGGGCGUGUGUUUGUGCUCACAAUCAGGAAGUGACUGACGCCAUUUUCAUGCACUUUUUCUGCGCCAUCUCCAACUUCGGGAUACGCCGUGUGUAGCCGAGCGCUCCGAGGACGCUGCCAUUCAGACACGGCGGCCGAGCCGAGGGGGGACUGCGGCGCUAGCCGGGCACAUUCCGUUUGCUGAAUUUCACAACACAAACAGUCGAUGUAUCUCCCUCCUGAUUUACCAGCCAUGCUUGGGGAAACGUUCAGCUCUCACGAUGGACUAAAUCUCGAUAAUAUCGAGAACAAGCCACUGACCUCGCAUCUGAAACGACAAGCCCUGCACAAGAAGGGCGGCAGGAAAGUGCGUCCGACCGCGGCCGGGCUGCAGAGCCGCUACCACAACCUGCAGCAGCAGCAGCAGCAUCAGAGACACCCGGGCUUGUUGCGGGCAAACCCUGCGCGCUUCGCGGACAUCAACAACACCGUAGGUGCCAGAUCAAAGUCCCCCGCAGCUGGUUCCGAAGGCGUCGCCAGCAGGACGCAGACCACUGUACUCACACUCCACCAGCUUAAGCAUGGAGCAAAAAAGGAGGUGCUGAAGUCAAAAUCAGCCCGACCUGAGAAAGGGCUCCAGCCAAAUGUACCGGCUGUUCAUGGCCUCAAUAAACAUGAACAUGCAGCUCAGAACCGCAAUGGAUGCGGCCAGAAGAACCGGCAUGUUAACACGCCCGGGGCUGCUACGUCGGCAAGGAGGAGUGACAGGAGGCAGCAGCAGAAGUCCAGCUCUCCUCUCUGCCACGAGGAGGUGGAAAAGGCACGCAAUGCAGCCGACAACAGCAAGAUCAUAAGCGCCUGCCCCGCCGAGCCUGUUCCCGAAGAUAGCCUCCGGGACGGCGAGAAGGUCUAUGCGGGUGCCAAGUUCAGCGAACCCCCCUCACCUAGUGUUCUGCCCAAACCACCCAGUCACUGGGUGGGAGAAAAAGCCCCCCAGCACUGUGACCAAAGCAGAGAGCAGAUGACAGUACAUCUAAAGACUUUACUUAAGGUCAAGGCAAACCCAUGAUUUCAAGGGAUUUAAGUAUAAAUGACCCAAAAGGACAGACCCGUUACAUAAUCUGGCACCGAAGAUAAUGGAAAAACGGAAGCAGUUGUUGCAACAAAGUUUUUUGAGUUUUGGAAUUUUCAUUUCUGAUUUCUGCAGGACGUCGGCCUUGUUUUCAAGGGACUUAAUGAACUUGUGUAAAUGUAAAUAUUGUAAAAACAUGUAAUAUGUGUAUUUUCAUGUUAUUUUAAAAAAGAGUAAAGUAUAGUUUUGUUACCUAAGAUUUGAAAAUAUACAGUGUGCCCUGAGUUGGACUCACUGAUAGGCUGCAGUACCUAUCUGGGCACACUGGAAGUGAGAAUAUAUUCUUAUGUAUUUGCACAAGCAUGGAAGCCACCGUGGGCGUUUUGAGUGUCGGUGAUGCAAAGGAUUGUGGCCUCUGUGGUACCCGAGAUUAAUUUUCCUGGAGCGGCAUCUGUCUGCUGCACUGCAGAGGACGCCAGUGAUCCUGUGGUCCGACAAGGCCAAGAAGCUGGGACAACAAUGUGAAAGGCUGCUGCGAAAUCGAGUAACCCGUGACGGCCAGGAACACAGGCGUUCGCUGGGAAAUCACUGGGAAACCAAAAUGCUGGAAUGACAAUGUGAAAGAUUAAUAUAAUAAAAAGAAAGAAAGAAUAUCUGAUCUCAGAUGAAGAUAAACUGCUGCAUAUUUGACAUUCGAUUCCUCCAACUACCAGCACUGAGUUCUCUCUCUCUCUCUUUCCAUGAAGGACAUGACUGUUUUCAUACAUGUUCCAGUUGAUCAGCAUACUGCUGAUUCUUCAAGCAAAAGGGGCAUUUUCAACCAAAAGUGAACAUUAAAAUCCAGAUCUGCAUGGAAUCCUUCCGAAAGCUGGACUGCUGGAGCACUGCAUUCUUUGGUACAGUUGAAUUAUACAGAAUGGGAAACAUUUGGUUCCGAAAGUCAAAACAUUUUGUUGCAACAAUUUAUUUCACAUAUUGAAAAAUGCGCAUUUUGCAUACUGCCCUAAUUAUUAAUUGGAAGGUUGUAUGUUCAUUUGUGUUUAUUUAAGUGAACAUGCAGACAUACACAUAAUUUUAUGUAUAUGUGCAUAAAUUAAAACAUAUUUGGCCUCCCCCUAA